CUCUCUCUCUCUCUCUCUCUCUCUCUCUCUCUCUCUCUCUCUCUCUCUCUGCGGAAUGCGCACUGCACUUGUGGGUGGGCAGAACGCCGGGCGUUACAGAGAGAGCGAGGUCUGCUCUCACUCAGUCCUGGCUUAAGUCCUCAGGUUUCGGCAGAGUGCCUUGAGAAUCGCUUUUACCCAGUUUUUUUUUAAUUAUUAUUUUAAAAAGCUUUCUAUUGAGAUCUUAAAGAUCGUUUUAACCCUUUGUCCACACCAUUCAAGGGUUGAAUAGCUCUUUAUUACUCUCAAAGAGAGUGUUAGCCCCGAGGCGUUGACUCUGUGAGUGCACGUUUAUUUCGUUCAGGAAAAUGGCAAAGGAUGAUAAGAAGAACGCAUGGAAGGAGUUCUUCUGGAACCCGAGGACGCGAGAGUUCUGCGGUAGGACCGCGAGCAGUUGGGGUCUGAUCCUGUUGUUUUAUCUGGCAUUCUACAUUUUCCUGGCUGGAUUAUUUGCUCUCACCAUGUACGUAAUGCUGCAGACACUCGAUGACCACAGACCAACAUACCAAGAUAGACUUUCAACUCCAGGGAUGAUGAUCAGACCUAUAGGAGAGCAGCUGGAGAUCGUUUACACAGUGGAGUACACAGAGACAUGGGAAAGAUAUGUCCAAGCCCUCAAUAACUUCCUGUCGCCCUACAAUGACUCAGUCCAAGCCCAGAAGAAUUAUGAGUGUAAACCGGAUCAGUACUUCAUCCAGGAGGACAGUGGCAGUUUGAAAAACUUCCCCAAGCGUUCCUGCCAGUUCAAACGCUCCAUAUUGGAGGAUUGCUCUGGGAUCACAGAUCGUUACUAUGGUUACGAUGAGGGCAAGCCCUGCAUCUUCAUCAAGCUCAACCGUGUGAUUAGUCUGUUGCCUGCUAGGGACGGGCAGCCUCCUUAUGUCACAUGUGGUGCUAAGAAAUACAAAGUUGGCACUGAUGAGUGGGCGGAUGACUCAGAUAAACUAGGUGAACUGGCGUACUUUCCCCCUAAUGGCACCUUCAACCUUAUGUACUACCCAUACUAUGGCAAGAAAGCCCAGGUGAACUACUCUCAGCCUUUAGUGGCCAUUAAGUUCCUCAACAUCACCAUGAAUGAGGACGUCAACGUGGAGUGCAGAAUCAACGCUAACAACAUUCCAGAGGGCAGUGAACGAGACAAGUUUGCAGGGCGCAUUUCCUUCAAACUGAGGAUCAACUCCAGAAAUUAAAUAGGCAAAAAUGCUUUCCUUUCUUUUACACACAGACACAGACACACAUAGGUCCUCCACAUCUAAAAGAGUGCAUGAUUAUGCGCAGAAGGCACAGCUAGAGACAUAAGCCAGACACAGCAAUCCUCAGCACAGACAGAGCAUAGAGUAAUACUUCAACAUUUCAAAGAAAUAUGUUUUUUUUUAUUUCAUUUGAGACUGUAGUGAGGUUGUAGAGAGUUAGCAAGGUUGUUUUGUGUGUAUUUAUGUGUGUACAUCAGUGUGUGUGUGUGUGUGUGUGUGUGUUAGCAUGUAUGAGUUGAGAUACAGUAUUUAUUUUCUGAAAUUUUAAUUGCAUGCUCAGCUAUCAGAGCAAUUCAGAGCAAAUAAUAUAUACUAUUAAAACAAUAUUAGGAAAGGAAUAUUAUUUUAUUUUAUUUUUUUAAAAAGAAAAAUUCAGUAUCUAAUAAAUAUGCUGUUUUCUUCCCUCAGUAUCAUUAAUUAAUUUAAGAAGGUGUCUAUGAAUUAAUGUGGCAUGAUCUCAUGUGUGUUUGGAGCAUCUCUUGACUGCUAGGAAUUUUUAUAUAUAUAUAAUUUUUUUAUUUUUUUUGCAUGUGUGUAUCAGUUCUGAAGAGUGGUAUUGAAACCUCUUCUCUGUCUGAUUUGUGGCUUUAUAAGUGAAAAGGAUAUUUUAUAUACCAAUAUGUAGAUAAUGCUGUGCACGAUGACGUCAGCUCUGCAUUUCUCUCCAACACACAAGAAAACUGAUACAUUCACAUUACUGCAUUCCUGUUGGUUUCAUAUGAUGAAGUGUGUCACGUUUCAUUUAUCAUGAGGCGUGUCUAUUUAAGUUUGUUUAUAUGUAAAAUAGGUCUUUGCAGUAUUUUACUUUUUUUUUUUGGCAUGUGUAAUCCAAUUUGUCUCACAUGGUGAGGGGAUAUGAUGUUUUGUAUUGAUUUGCACCGGCUCAGAGGAUGACAGCAGGCCUGGGUUCAGUUUAAAUUCUGAAAACUAGAUAGAAAAAGUGUGUUUGAUAUGUGUGUGUGUGUGUGUGGAUUCCUACAUGUGUGUGUUUUAUUUGAUUUGAUUUAUUUUAUGUUAAUCUUUGUGCACAAUUAUCUAUAUAUUUGGGUUUUGUUGGAAGUGACUCUAAGCAUAACCAUAGAGAGAGAUAGAGAGACUAUAAGAGCAGGAGCAGCAGGCUUAUGUUUCUGCUGAUAAGGAAGACAGAAGUGAAUCCAUCCCAGUCCUUACCCUGCAUAAGUCAAUAAAACAAACAAAAACAAAAACCCACCUCAUUUCUCAUUUUUCUAAAUCUCUCUUUAAAAAAAAAACUAAUUUCUCUCUCUUUUGUUUAACACCUAAACUCACUCUCUGAGCAUAUAGCCUACACCUCAUGCUCCAUUCUGAGAAGUGUCUUGUGGAGAGUUCAUACAGUAUAUAAGAGCAUACACUCAGUCAUAGAACUGACAAGUGUACACUUCCUCUAAUGCCCUAAUCCUUUAAUCUCACUAGAUAAUCCUAAAUGGGUAUGGUGCUUUACAACAUUUCCUCAAAAGUAUCCAUCCAUCCAUAUAUCUAUAAAUUAAGUGUCAUCUCAUUUACUGAAAAAUAUUUAGUUGAGUGACAAAACGCUUCUUCACAUUUGAUCACUUUCAAAUGUGCGUCUGUGUUUUCCUCUUGUGUCUGUAUAGUGCAUAUUUUAUGUUUGUGCAUGGUGAGGUUGUUAUCUGACCCAGCAGAGAAAGCUUCAAAUCAACAGAAUUAAAUAUUCAUUCACCUCAGGCCCCAGAUCACAUAUCAUUAACUUGACCCUGUACACUAGUUCACUCUGGAGUGCACAAGAAGGCAAAGAGAGAAAAAAAUACAUAUCUAUGAUAAGUGCAGUUUUUGGUGCAUGCAGGCUUUGAGAUAAUGGUUUUGUAAACAGCGCCCCUAGUGUAACAGUUGUGCUGUGCCUCUCCCAUGCCACCGACUGUUUCUACUGGUGAACUAGUGUAUUAGCAUAUGUUUCAAUAUACAUGAAUCUUCUGAAAAGCAAUAUAUUUAUAUUUUGGGUCCAUUUGGUGCAUAAAGAAAAGUUACAUACUAUAUUUGUAUUUUCCUUUAGAUUGGCUGAUCAUGAAGAGGAUUAUUUAUUAGUAUAUUUAAAUUAAUAUAUAGAUGAGAAUGGCUAUAUGUAUUUUAAAAUCACAUAUAAUAUAGAAAAUGUCCUAUAUUCUCAAUGAACCUAUAUUUCUAUUUUUGUUGAUCAUUUAUGAAAAAGCAUGUAACAGCUGGAGAAUGUAUGAAGUAUAUUAAAGGGGACAUAACACACA